AUGGUAUUCUCCAUGUUCCAGCGUGCAAAACAAAAGUUAGCCCAAACUACCGGCUGGGAAAGACUAAACCGGGGCUCAGUACCUGCCACUGAAGACCCCACUGACUCAAGUCCGCUUUUGAAUGCCCCAGAUGUCCCGCCCACAAACUCACACCAAUCGCUCCUGGUCCCUGAAUCUCACAAUUCUACCUCCACAAAGUCGCCUCUGCCGGACCCAUUUCCUCAAGUUUCAGAGCCUACAAUCACCACCCAUUCAGACCGUUUCCGUGCUCGUCCAGCAAUAAUUUCCCGCCAAGCAUCUCACUCAUCUCGAACAUCCCGAACGUCUCGCAAACCAUCAAUUCCCUACACUAUCAAUGGGCCCAUAAAUGUCAAUCCAGGCGACCAAGCGUACACGUCGAUCACAGACUCAGUGCCUCCAACUACCGCAGAAUCUCAAUUGCAGCGACUGUUCACCGAAGCAGAGCCAGAUGAACUUCAGCCGCUCCUCAAUCGACUGAGAGGAAACUCAUACUCAGUGCAAUCGGUGGUAGUCCAGCCGCCCGAAACGGAGUCAUGGAAAUCCUACUUUGCUAACUACUAUUCAAACUUUACUCUUGAAUCCCAUAAGGGCAUAGUGACCACGGUGAUGAUUCUACUUCUUUUGUUCCUUUUUUUCUACUUGACUUAUAACCAGCUGGAUAGUCUUGCAGUCCAGGCCAUCGAGCCUUCGAUCCACAGCAUCUCAAUACUAAAAGUACACGGCGACGGCGUCGACUUUCAUGUUACUGGCUCACUUUGUGUGAAUUACGACAACAUCUCCAACCUCUUUUAUCGUACUUUUAUGAAGUUGGGGUCUCUUCUUUUAGGAAGUGUGAUUAUAAUUCCCCAGGGUCCAGUUAGGUUGACGGUGGACCUAGUUUCAGACACCAAUUUCGAACCUUUGCAUGUUUUGAACAUCUUUCCUCCGGAAUUGCAAGUGGAUGUUUUGAAUAAAAGAAUCACCGAGAUCGAUUUUAUUUCAAAAACUGAUGUCAUAAAGGAAAACGUUGUCGAGUUGGCAAACAGAGCACUUGCGGUCCAAAACGAUUCCAUUUCUUUCUCUUGUCAAGGAACCGUAGAUCUGCUUGUGAAAACAAGCUUGUUUCAAUACGAGACUCAAAAUGUACGUUUCAAUGAAACAGUUCAGUUGCUGAAAAACGACCUCGAGCCUGAGGUGGUCAUAGAAAACCUCAAAGUGGCUCAGAAUGGAAACAAAUUCGACGUGAAAUCCAACAUAACGAUUCAGAAUAACCUCCCCAUGAAUUUCGCCCUUUACCCCAUCAACUGGGAUAUCUUACUAGAUGGGUGCCAUGAGCCAUACCAAGUAGGCUCGUGGACCAGUCAAAACAUAAGCGUGAAGCCCAAUUCGCCAAUACUGGUUCAAAUCGAAGGAAAUGUGGGUGAAAUUGCCGAACAGUUGCUAGAGCCUUGUGAAAAUGGACUCUCAAGCAUUAAUGAGUUGGUAAAAAGAUAUGCUGCUGGUCAGCCAAUAGAUGUGCACCUUCGAGCGAGCGAUGAAAACGACAAUCUCCCUUCGUGGUUCUUGUACAUUGCUCAUAACGUCAACUACAGAUUUCUGUUUGAACCAGUCUUGCCCCAAGUUAAACCUCCAAGAAUUUCUGUCAAGGAACUGACCAUCGAGAUUCCGUCAGCCAAAGACACCCUUUCUGCCUUUAUGAAUGCAAAUACAUCCUUCGAAGUCGAUAUUCCUUCGGGAUAUGAUAUCGAGGGUAAAGUGCUGCAAUUGUCUACAACGUACGACUUGCGCAAGGAGAAUGAUUCGAUAGCUCAAGGAAAAGCUAGGCAUUUUUUGAACUGGACGUACUCUGAAAAUGUGGUAACUGUUGACGCCGAUACGGAGGAAGAUAAGCUUGUGAUAUUGGACCCCGCAUAUGUUGGAAGCCUCUUCAGCAGCUAUGUAAAUGGUCACCUAGCGGCUAACUUGUCGCUAAACACAACUUUCAAUGAUGUUCAUGUUGAUCUUCCGAUUCUUUCUACUGUGCUUGACGACAUAACCGUGGCUAUACCUUUAACCCUAAGCCCAGAUAUUGAAUACUUGCCUACACUCAAAGGAUGGAAUGUUACAAUCAUCAACAUAUUUCUACUUGAUACUACGGAGGAUACAGUUCAAGUUAGUAUCGAUUUCCAAGUGCUUAAUCCCACAAACUACUCGUUGGAAAUUCCCAAAGAGACCAUUGGAUGCGACGUCCUUUUCAACGAUACCGUCUUGGGGUAUGCGGAGGUGAGUGACCUCUAUGUUCCGAACCAGGAUGGUGGGUUUGACUAUACGGCCGUGGCAGUGUUGAAUGUACCGUCACCCAUGAGCCGAGUGAACCUUGAACUUUUUGUCAGUGAAUUUGUCUCUGGAGUGAAAAAUUUGUCGUUGGGAUUCCAAGGAAGAAAAGACAAAAGAUCAAAGAAUCAGGGACUUCAAGAUUUGAUUGGCAAUAUCCAAGUUGAAGAUGUGGAAUUGCCCAGUAUAGGAUUCGAUGCAACUAACGAAUCUCCAAAUCCAUUCUUGCUCGAAUCGGUGAUUCAUGUUUUAACGUCCGAAGUUGAACUUACGCUCUACAACCCAGUCAACAAUACCGAGCUACUAGUUACAAUUCUACAAGCAGAAGCGUCCUACGAUGGAACAUCUUUGGGUCAUAUUGAACAUCACGAAAUGUUAAUGGUACCUCCAGGAGUGUAUAAAACUCCACGGAUCAAGCUUGACAUUAACCAAGGUGUAGGUAUGGAUAUCCUACGCCGAGCCAUUGACGGAACUCUACGGGUGAAUGUCACUGCAGUUUUUGACACAACCAUACAGCAAUUUUCGCUCCAAUUACUCUACCAUGGUCAAGGAUUAGCAGCCAAGGUUCGGCUCUAA